CUCAAGCUAUCACCCAACAUAAUCUCACCAAGACGCCGUUCAGAACCCCUCUUUCGAAGCUCCUCCUUAUCGCAUUCAUUGCGACUGUCCUCACGUUGCCGUUCCUAACAAGAUCCUUACGCUCUGUACGCGGCUCUUCUCUUACACCGUCUCGCCGUAGUAUGGGCAUGGCGUGGCGAAGCUCGGGCUCGACGAACGAGGGCUUAGUUGCCAACUUGGCCCGGAACGGACUGAUUGAGUCCGACCGGGUCAAGGAGGCCAUGCUGAAGGUUGACCGCGCCCAUUAUGCCCCCUCCUACGCCUACGAAGACUCUCCGCAACCCAUCGGCCACCGCGCUACCAUCUCAGCACCGCACAUGCACGCCUCGGCUUGCGAAUCUCUCCUUCCCUACCUCAAGCCCGGCGCGAAGGUGCUCGACAUCGGCUCAGGCUCCGGGUACCUCACUGCUGUAUUCGCGAACCUAGUUGGUCCUUCGGGCACAGUCAUUGGCAUCGAUCACAUUCAACCGCUCGUCACUCUUGCAGAAAACAAUAUGAAGAAGUCGGAAGAAGGCAGGAGGAUGCUGGAAUCAGGACAAGUCAAGUUCGUAAAGGGCGAUGGGCGGAAGGGAUGGACAGAGGAUGCCCCGUACGACGCGAUCCAUGUCGGCGCCGCCGCAGCCGAGCACCACAAGGAUCUGGCCGACCAGUUGAAAGCUCCCGGACGCAUGUUCGUCCCAGUUGAGGAGGGCUGGAUGCAGCACAUCUACGUCGUCGACAAGAAGGAAGACGGAAGCAUCGAGAAAAAGAAGCUAUACGGUGUCCAGUACGUCCCGUUGACGGACGCGCCACCAGAGUGACUUCAGUGGAAGAUCAAAGCAAGAUCGAAAAUGUAACGGACGGGUUGGGAACUAUCGGAGAAAUGACGAUAUUGCGAAACCCCGAGACGGGAAUCAGACUGCCCAAGGCGCUCUGCUUCUUGAUGAGGAUGAAGUGUCAAGGACCUGUCAACAUGGAAUGGAUGUCUAGUAUGGCUAUACGAUAUCACUCAGAACAGACAGUAAAUCGUAUCCCAAUCUUUCGAAUGGAUACCAUCGAAAUAGUCUCU